UGUGCCGUGCGGGGCGGGGCCGGGGCGGUGGCGGCCGGUGCAUCCCGCGCCCCCCCCCCCCCGCAGCGGCCGGCGCGGUGCCGCGGCCCCGGCAUGUCGCGGAAGAAAGCGGCUCGCAGCAAGGCGAGCGGCGCCGCGCCCUCCGCCGCGCUGCCCCCCGCACAGCAGGGCCGGGGCCGCGCCGCCGCCCCGCGGGGCUCCGCGCCGGCACCCGACCUGCCCCGCAACGGCGGCGCGGCGGCGGCCGGGCGGCCCUCGCUCAGCAGCAGCGGCGAGUUCUACGACCUCGCGUUCAAGGUGAUGCUGGUGGGCGACUCGGGGGUCGGCAAGACCUGCUUGUUGGUGCGCUUCAAGGACGGAGCUUUCCUCGCUGGCAGCUUCAUUUCCACGGUUGGAAUCGACUUCAGAAACAAGGUGCUGACGGUGGAUGGGGUGAAGGUGAAGCUGCAGAUCUGGGACACGGCGGGGCAGGAGCGCUUCCGCAGCGUCACACACGCCUACUACCGGGAUGCCCACGCCCUGCUCCUGCUCUACGAUGUCACCAACAAAGCAUCAUUUGACAACAUCCAGGCCUGGCUGACAGAGAUCCAUGAAUACGCACAGCAAGACGUGGUGCUCAUGCUACUGGGAAACAAGGUGGAUUCGGCCCAGGACAGAGUGGUGAAGAGGGAAGAUGGAGAAAAAUUAGCCAAGGAAUACGGAGUGCCCUUUAUGGAGACCAGUGCAAAAAGUGGCCUCAAUGUGGAGUUAGCGUUCACAGCCAUUGCAAAGGAACUGAAGCACAGAUCCAUGAAGCUGCCCAACGAGCCCAAAUUCAAGCUCCACGACUACGUGAAGAAGGAAGUGCGAGGCUCGGGCUGCUGCAGGUCCUAAUGCGCCCGGCGCCUGUGUACAGAGACUCAUGCCAAGUGUUCGUGCGCCGCGCUCUCCCUGUGGCCAGUGUGUGCAUGUCUGUCUGUCCUGUCUGUACCCGCCCGGGAGGUGAGCUGAGACACGGGGAGUGGAAGCAGCCGCAGGAAAAGCUCUCUGGGAUGAUGAGCCAUGUGCCAGGCGCUGCUUCCCGAGCCCCCAUCGCAUCCAUCCUGCUGCUUGUCCCGGUGUGGAUGGGAGGUGGGUGCUUGGGAAGGGACCGGGAUGAGUAAACCCGGUCGUCUCCAUCCCUUCAGCAGCAGCCAGGAGCUUCUUUGACGUUAGUAAGAAUCAUGGUGUGACCAAGGGGAACAAACACCUUCUCCCCACCGCCAUCCAGGUAGGAAAAGGUCCUGAAUUCCCUUUUCUUUCCCCGUGUACCUGGAAUUCCACUGUUCAGAGCCUGGCCUGGGGCACGCAGGAAAGACUUGUUUUGGAGGCAACUGUUUUUGUAGUUGCUUACGUCCGUCUGCCCAUCUUUCAUGUGGUGUUAACACAUGAUGGAAGUUUCUCCUCUGCCCUGCAGAAGAGCUUCACUGUCUGAGUAAGCUCUGAGUAAGCUCCUGCUCCCCUGUGUGUUGCACAGAGAUCUCCUGGGUGUCCCUCUGUUGGGUAAAGGCUUUGGUUCUCUCAUUCUGCCGUUUCUAGUACUUUAAUUGAGAAGAAAUCUAAUGUAUUGCAGCUUGUUCUAAAUGCCUUCAUGUGAGUGCGAUAGCGUUUUUAGACUGCAACAACGCUUUGAUAUCUUCAAAGUUCUCUUGGGACAGCUCUUUCUUUUAACGAAGCAAGCUGGGGGCAAUGCUGCAGGCCUGGGUUUUACAGGCUUCAGGCUCUCCCGCCAGCUCCCUUCAAUGGGCUCCUCACCCCUUGGGUCUGUGUCAGGCAUUUGGCUUUUUUUACUUAUAAAAAGCUGCAUUUCUAAGUCCGAAUUUGAAUUGAGAUGAAAAGUUUGGCCUUUGGCACUUCUCCUCUUUACAAAUUGCAUUUCCCUGCGCUGCCCUAAAUGAACCACGUGAAAUAACACAACCCGUCCUUCCCCAACACAACUCCAGCCACUCGCUGCUCGGAUGACCUCCAUCAACCUGUCCUACAUGAAGCUGCUGAUUUAUUGUGUCCCUUGCCCAUGGCAGGGGGUUGGAACUGGAUGAGCCUUAAGGUCCCUUCCAACCCAAACCAUUCCAUGGUUCAUCUUACAGCCACCUCCAUUCUCAUCCUGUCUAGCACAGCCCUGUCCCCAGUGCCCCUUGUUGCACAGACACAAAGCUACAGGGAGCCUGUAGGCAGUGGUAUUCAUCAUGCUCCCAUCAGGUUGCUGCCUUCCCUCUUCCUCGCAGGGCAGGAGAGCCUUGCAUCUAUCUUGCUGUCUUGAAGAAAGAGCUGACAGCUCUUAACUUCUUCAAUGUGGGACCAAAACCAGUUUAAAAACUCAUUUAAAUAAGGGAGAUGUAAAUUCUCUCCUUUGGAGUACUUUAACUAAGCCAGUUGGGAGCUAACUCUGCUACAGCAGGCACACCACAACUGUGUUUGAGUGAGCCCCCAGCUCUCCCAGUCGCAGGUUCCCGCUGUAGGACGGGUCUCCCCUGGGCUGGGGUUUGAUUUUCCACGGGCCAUUACUGCCACCAAGCGAUGAGGAAUCCAGGGCCGGGUGCGCUCCCCCAGCACAGCGCUCGGCCGCACACACAACUCCGCGUUCUGCUGCCUCUUGGUUACAGCUUCGGUUUCAUUCCUGUUAAUAAAGUUUUUUAAUAACC